GUUUUAAUGAUCAUUCUGUGACCAAGGUGAGAUCGAGUCUUUUUAACACAUAAUGUACGACUUUGAAGCAUAUUGUAGCUUACCCUUUUAACUAACUAAAGUGUGAUAUUUACCAUGUUCUUCAAAUCCAAGAUAUUUUGUUGUAAAGACUCCAGCAGACAUUGCAAAGAGAAGGAGAAAAUACUUCCAUACACGGUGCUGGUGGAAGUUGUCAGCUGAUUGAGGAUAGUUUGUUGUUCUCCGCUCAUGAGGGGCAUGGAGAUGUUGCGCCGCUCCUCAGUGUUUGCGGCUGAAGUCAUGGAGGUGUUUGAUCGAUCCCCGACGGAUAAGGAGCUGGUGUCUCAGUCAAAAGUGCUGUGCAGGGAUUACAUUCACUCCAGGCUCCACCGGGCUGGAAUCGGGUGGUCUAAACCGGAGCACGGACCAUCGGGAGGAACACUGGCUGAAGUAUCUUCAGUCCUGCUGUGGUUAGGUGACGAGCUGGAGUACCUGCGUCCAAAUGUAUACCGCAAUGUAGCACGACAGCUCAACAUUACUGUUGCCUCUGAGAAUAUCGUUUCUGAUGCAUUUUUGGCCGUCGCUGCAGAAAUUUUCUCCACAGGUGUAACUUGGGGGAAGAUUGUGUCUCUGUACGCAGUGGCUGGAGCUUUAGCUGUGGACUGUGUCCGGCAUGGCCAUCCAGCCAUGGUACACACCAUUGUUGACUGUAUGGGAGAGUUUGUCCGCAAGAGCCUUGUGUCCUGGUUAAAAAGGAGAGGAGGCUGGACAGAUAUCACAAAGUGUGUAGUCAAUACAGACCCCAGUUUCCGUUCUCACUGGUUAGUGGCAGCUGCCUGCGCCUGCGGUCACUACUUCAAGGUUGUGGUAUUCUAUCUGCUUAGGGAAAAAUGAAGGGUGACAUUAGGAAGUGAUGGACUGCUGGACUCUGGCAGAAGGGGUCUCUACUCACCACUUCAGUCUUUCACUGCUCUUGAUGUGUUUACGCUUGCACAGAGUUUGCACUUUUACUUUAAUGGACACUCUUGGGCUCCAGGAUGGACCGUUAUCUUCGAGGCUUUGUUAUAUGUUUAACCUGGCCUCUUGCACUCUUAAGGCAUUCCUUGCUGUUACUAGUUCUUUCUGAACAUAGUGCUGAUAUGUAGAAUGUCAAGUCCAGUGGGACACAACUUAGUGGAAGCUACCAUGACCUUUGUAUUUGCAGUGGAAUAUAAUGCUUGUGCAAUGAAUAUGUACUUGGCUUGAUACUACCUAGCCCAACGUUGGCUUAUUAGAUGUUUUUUGUAAUUGAUCUUGCAUUUUUCAAUGUCUUAAAUUGAUCUCAGCUGGAUUAGAAAAUCCAGUUGAGAUCCAAAAUGCAGUUUAAUAAACCUAUAAGCAAAUUGCUUUAAGUGGAAUGGAUAUCAAAGGAUUAUACUCCUUUAUAUUUCACAAAUGAAAUGUUUAUUAAGGGUUUAAUUAUGAAAUUGGCCACAGGAGAGUGAAAGUAUGUAAAAACAGAUUUUGGUUGGCUUAUAAUCAAAUAUUAUUUGAAUUAUGCUCACCACUGAGCAAGCAGAGAAUAUGCAAAUGAUCUGUAAUAUUUCAUUUCAUGUUAUAUUUCAAGUCUGGACCUGUCAACCAGUAUAUGACUGCCUCAACAGUCCUGAGCAUUCAACAGUCAUGUAUGGGCUGUUUUUUUUGUAUUUAUUUUUCUUGUUAUUUGUUCUUCCCCUUAUGUUUCAUUUGUUGUGUUAUUUCUGGUAUUGCUGGUACCACCCUGAAAAACUGUAAGAUAUUAUGAA